GGGGGGGAGGCUGAGGCGCUGGCGAGGUCGGGCCCGGUUUCGCCGUUGCGAGGUGGCUGCCGUCGUGUCGGCCGAGGGCUUCGCACCAGUGAAAGGCACUGAAUCAACUGCUUUGGCGACUGAAGUCAUCGAUUCGUAAACCAGAUUUGUAUCCGUAUGUAACUGGAGAAGCAAAGACGGUUUCAGUACUCCCGUUGAGAAGGUGACGUUCUGGGAAUCGAGUGCAAAUUGAGUCAUUGCUCAAAUAAGUAAAUCAUUGGUGUUUAUGCAAAGAUCUGGUGGUUUUUGUCCAGCUCAGAAAGCAGUGAAUGAGGGGAGGCGAACGAAACAGCUGGCUCUUCUAAAGUGAAAAGAUGUAGCUCACGUGCUGUGGAUUGGAUCGCUCUGAUCUGUAGGCUUUGCUUGAGUGGAUGCAUUCCCGAAAUAAUCCCAAGUAAAUGGACUCGCCAGAGAAAUGAUGGCGGAUAUAGAUGUGUCUUAUCAAUCCAAGAAUCUCUAAGACCAAUAUUUAGAGCAAUUCCCGAAUCGGUCUUGGCCGGAAGAGAGUUCUCUGGUGACCAAUAUACCUGGGUGAUAAAUUGGAUGCACUGCAUUGCUAGGAGACUUCUGUGGGCUGAGCCCAUCAGUUACGGGGUCUCUGCUUGACAAAGAGUUGCAUUUGGAAGGUGAUCCCUUGCACUUCCUGCAGCGAUGUCGAAAACAAACAAAUCCAAGUCCGGGUCGCGGUCCUCUCGCUCGAGAUCUGGAUCGCGAUCUCGCUCGCGUUCGUUUUCGAAGUCGCGCUCCCGCUCCCGGUCCGUGUCCCGCUCGAGAAAGCGACGGCUGAGUUCUAGGUCCCGCUCCCGAUCGUAUUCCCCGGCUCAUAACCGAGAAAGGAACCACCCGAGAGUGUAUCAGAACCGGGACUUCCGAGGCCACAACCGAGGCUACAGGCGGCCCUAUUAUUUCCGUGGGCGCAACCGAGGCUUCUACCCGUGGGGCCAGUAUAACCGCGGGGGCUAUGGAAACUACCGUUCAAACUGGCAGAAUUACCGCCAGGCGUACAGCCCCCGCCGGGGCCGCUCCCGCUCCCGCUCCCCCAAGAGGAGGUCUCCGUCGCCGAGGUCCCGGAGCCAUUCCAGAAAUUCCGAUAAAUCUUCCUCCGACAGGUCGAGGCGCUCCUCGUCCUCCCGCUCCUCCUCCAACCACAGCCGGGUGGAGUCUUCCAAGCGCAGAUCGGGAAAGGAUAAAAAGUCCUCGUCCAAGGACGCUCGGUCCUCCCAGGGGACCGGGGACAACCAGGGCGACGACCCCAAGGAGCAGCCGUUCUCCGGGGCGGCCGCCCAAGACGCCAAGCCAUCCGAGGGCUCAAAGCCAUGGCCCGAGUCCACCGCCUACGGGGCCGGCUCGGGCUCGAGGGCCUCGGCCUCGGCGGAGCUGAGCCCCCGGGAGCGCAGCCCCGCCCUCAAAAGCCCCCUCCAGUCGGUGGUGGUGAGGCGGCGAUCUCCCCGGCCCGGUCCCGGGCAGAAGCCGAGCCCGCCCCUCUCCGGCACCUCCCAGCUGGGUUCGGCCCUGCAGAGCGGCCCCGGGUUCCAGGCCGGGUCACACCAGGGUCCGUUUGACCACGGCGCUGGGGGCCUGAGCCCGACCAGGAAGAGCCCCGUGUGCAAGAGCCCCCCGGCCCUCAGCUCCGUGUACGGCUCAUCCCAGAAGGAGGAGGGGGCUGCCCCGGGCGGAGCGGCAUAUUCCAAAAGGUAUUUGGAUGAGCAGAAGGCGGAGAAUGGGAAAGACAAGGAACAGAAACUAACCAAUGUCGAUAAAGAAAAAAUGAAAGAGAAAGGGAGCUUCUCAGAGUUGGGUCUGGGCGACGCCAAGAUGAAAUCUGAGCCAUUUGCUCCCAAGCCUGAUGCGGAGAAGCCCUUCCGGAGCAGCCAGUCGCCCAAGAGAUAUAAGCUCCGAGAUGACUUUGAGAAGAAGCUGGCCGAGUUCCACAAGGAGGAGAUGGAUGAGCAGGACAAGAAGGACAAGGCCAAGGGCCGGAAGGAGUCCGAGUUCGACGACGAGCCCAAAUUCAUGUCGAAAGUCCUGGCCGGCUCCAGCAAGAACCAGGAGGAGGACAGGCCCGGGAAGUGGGAAGGCCUAGUCUAUCUGCCAGGCGGCAAGGAAAAGCCGAGGAAAACAGAGGAACCAGAGGAGGACUCCUACGCGGAGCGGGCGAAAAAGGAGGAGCGGAGCACGGGCAAGAGGGCCGAAGCCGGGCACCGGGGCUUUGUGCCCGAGAAGAACUUCCGGGUGACCGCCUACAAGGCGGUCCAGGAGAAGGGCUCGUCCCCGCCCCCGAGGAAGGCCUCUGACAGCAGAGAGAAGCCGGGGGCCCGAGGGGACAAUCUGCCUCUGGGCAAGUCCUCCUUCUCCAUCACCCGGGAGGCCCAGGUCAACGUCCGCAUGGACUCGUUUGACGAGGACCUGGCACGCCCGAGUGGCUUGUUGGCUCAGGAACGCAAGCUCUGUCGCGAUCUGGUCCACAGCAACAAAAAAGAGCAGGAGUUCCGCUCCAUAUUCCAGCACAUACAGUCUGCUCAGUCCCAGCGCAGCCCCUCGGAGCUGUUCGCCCAGCACAUCGUGACCAUAGUCCACCACGUGAAAGAGCAUCACUUUGGAUCUUCGGGAAUGACGUUGAAUGAACGCUUUACGAAAUACCUAAAGAGAGGAACUGAGCAAGAUGCGGCCAAAAACAAGAAAAGCCCCGAGAUUCACAGGAGGAUAGAUAUUUCUCCCAGUACAUUCAGAAAGCAUGGUUUGACUCACGAAGAGAUGAAAAGCCCCCGAGAACCCGGCUACAAGGCUGAAGGGAAAUUCAAAGACGACCCUGUUGAUCUCCGUCUUGAUAUUGAGCGUCGUAAAAAACAUAAGGAGAGAGAUCUUAAACGGGACAAAUCGAGAGAAUCCGUGGACUCCCGGGACUCGAGCCCCUCGAGAGAGCGGUCAGCUGAGAAAACGGAGAAAACCCAUAAGGGGUCCAAGAAGCAGAAGAAACACAGACGAACCCGAGAUCGGUCCCGCUCAUCUUCCUCGACCUCCCAGUCGUCCCACUCGUACAAGGCAGAGGAGUACCCCGAGGAGCCGGAGGAGCGGGAGGAGAGCACCACGGGCUUCGACAAAUCGCGCCUGGGGACCAAGGACUUUGUGGGCCCGAGCGAGAGAGGAGGAAGAGCCCGAGGGGCCUUUCAGUUCCGAGCCCGCGGAAGAGGCUGGGGCCGAGGCAACUACUCUGGAAACAACAACAACAGUAGCAACAAUGACUUCCAGAAGCGGAACCGAGAGGAGGAAUGGGACCCAGAGUACACACCCAAAAGCAAAAAGUAUUACCUGCACGACGACCGAGAGGGUGAAGGCGGCGAGAAGUGGGUGAACAGAGGUCGGGGCCGGGGGGCCUUCCCUCGGGGGAGGGGCCGGUUCAUGUUCCGGAAGUCCAGCACGAGCCCCAAGUGGGCCCACGACAAGUUCAGCGGGGAAGAGGGCGAGAUCGAAGACGACGAGAGCGGGACCGAGAACCGGGAGGAGAAGGACAACUUGCAGGCCCCCGCCGAGUAGAGCGCCGAGUCUCCCCGUGGAGAGAGCCUGAGGCCCCGGAGGAGAGAGGCACCCGGGGAACACCAAAUCGCCGAACAGAGGAUCCUGCAAAAUCCAACGAAAAUCCCACCAAACUCACGGCAGCAUUUCCACACCGAGCCCCCGGACCGGACCGGACCGCCGCCCCAGACCGGAGCCGAUCAGAUUGACUGGUUGCGUUUUGGUCCGUCCACUUGCGGGUUCUGUCUGGCUAGGAAGAGGUCGGGCACCUGGGGGGUGGGGGGUGGCCUCUGGCUCUCUGACCUCAGCCUAGGUGGGGGUUUUGUUGUGUGCGGUCUCCUGCUUUUAUUUUGUUUUUAGUAACAGGCGCAGAACACCAUUAUCUGAAUUUGAUUUGCCCCAUUCCGAACCGACCACCUCAAUUCCUUUUCAUUUUGAGCUGCGAGAAGUGGGCACUUAAUCUGGCCGUUUUCAGUUUUCUUACCUCUUUCUACCCCCCCCCCCCCCCAAAUCCUCCAUUCUCCCUCUCCCCACCACCAUCACCUGGUUUUCUCAAAAAGUCCUACUACCCUCCUUUUAGGCUGAGGUGUGCAGAGUUAAAACCAAUUAGAGGCUUAUAAUUUGGGAAAAAGCGUUUUUGAUUCUUUGGAAAAACAGCAGUGCGAGUGAGUGAACAUCGAAAUGUCAAAAUGAAGCUGGGACCAAACAGCAAUGAUGGUUUUGUUUUUUUUUUUUGAACCACUGAUUUUUGUAUGGAGUGGGUGAGUAAGGGCCUUCUCUUCUCUUUUCUUUUUUUCUUUCUUUCUUUUCAUUUUUUUUUUUUUUUAACCACCUUGUGUUUUCCUUUGAUGUUGGAAGUUAACCAGGUUUUGUAUUGUAAAGUCUCGGCCCCUCCUUCCCCUGCUGUCCGGAUUCCAGCUCAGGCCCGCCGCUGGCCGUCUGCGCUCCAAUCCCAAAGCGAUUUCAGAACUGUGUGUAUCCUCUUGGGCCCCGGGACAUCAACUCGAGGGCAGUUUCCGGUGUGUUUUCUAAGCAACUUCGGAAUGCUACUAGCGUAAUCAAAUAUGAAAGGAGAUAACAUAAUUUUUUCAAUAUUUUUAUUAAUCUUUUUAUAAAACAAAAAGAAACUCCUAUGAUUGGUUAUUGGAAGGUGGUUGAGGCUUGGGUUUUUGUUUCUCUUACUUUUUUUACCUUGAGCUUUAAAUUGAAAUUUUCUUGAAGAUGUUUGGUGGGGCGGGGGGGGCGGGGGUUAAAAAAAAAGUUCUCUCUUGUGACUAGUCCUUGGGCUCACCUGACCUGUAGUCUGAUUCCCAUGCAGGUGAAUCACAUGGAGUUAUGCAUAUGUUGUAAAAAGACACUCUCCCCCUACCACGCCUUCCCCAGGCUCCUCAGUUCUUCUCCCUCUCCCUGCCCUAUUCCCCCCCCCACCCCGCAACUUCUCUCCCUCCCUCUCCAGAUUUGUUGUGCUCCUUUUUUUUUUCCCCGAUUUGCUAAAUUUCUAUAGUUCAGUUUGUUUUACUUGGACAAUUCAUGUUUAGAGGGGGGAAAAAACCCUGAAGAUUGUUUCACUCCUGCAAAUAAAAAAAAAAUAAAAUGAGCUGUAGAUGUA